AUGACUCUGCAAGAGCUGGAAAGUGAUCAUGGAGUUGUCCUUGGAAAAUAUCUCGAGAUCGUAUUUGGUCGUCCAUUUCGACCAAAUUUCGUGGUGUUGGUGGAUUAUCUUGACUUUCUGGUAAAACUAAACCAACUUAUGACCUCCUUCGACCAAGAAACGGUGGCAAUCUAUAUGAUGAAUCUCUUUACCGACUUUACCAAAGCGUCGAGAUAUGUUAGAACCUAUCGAGACUAUGAUUUCGUGUGCGUCAAUGUUGUACAAUACUUAAUGAAAUCGGCCAGCUAUCUGCUUUAUGAAGAGCAUGUCCUGGGAACCAAGAAAGUCAAGGAGUACGAAAUGGAAGUUCAAAGGGUUUUUAAAGCGAUUCGAAAGCAGUUUAGACUGAGGCUAGAAACCAACCGUUUGAAUUUAACGACAUCGAAUAUAUUUUUACUUCGGAAUAUAUUGAGUUCCAUGACCGUUAGUGUUGGCAACGUACGUAGUAACCAGAACUAUCGUGGCCACUUAACCGAUCUUUACGCCGAUAUUAAUCCGGAUGAUGAUUUUCCAACCAUGCAUCUAAAGACCUUGAAGACGUUUACUCAAAUUGGGCUGCAGAAAUUGGACAACUUGGAGUUAACCGAACCUUAUCCUGGAUUUGGACAUGAACUUGCUUUGGUGCGAAAUGGAACCGCCAUCGUUGUUCCCUUUGGCAUUUUGGAGGAGCCCUAUUUUACAAUCCGUGGUCACGACGUAUUUAAGGUCAGCUUUCUGGGAUAUCUAAUUGCGGAGCAGGUGCUGUCGGCUCUAUUUCCGUAUCCAAAACUUCCGUUUACCCGUUGUCACAAAUACAACGAAUUGAUUGGAACAUUCGAUGAUCUCGGAAAUUAUGUGGACCAUUCGCCCUGCAUAAGCCCGCGCGAAACUGAAAUGUGGAACCACAAGGAUAUCCUCGUGGUGAUUUUGAAUCUGGUGCAAGAUGCAUAUUUCGCAUCCGGAUCGGAAUUUGAUCAGACCCAACCCAGCUUCACCGAUAAGACGCUGAAAGAGCUCUUCUACUUACAUUUCGCCCAGAAUAAACUGGAUAACUACUUUUACCAGAGCCAGGAUGUCAGUAAGCCUGCGCACAAUUUGUUGCUCAACAUUCCCAGUUUUGUAGAGGCCUUCAGCUGCAACGCAUCUAGUAAAGUUUAUUGA